AUGGCGCUUCGGCUGCGGUUCUGGGAAUUGUUGCCGUUUUGCAGAAACCCCGGGUGUCGGGUGGCAGCGCUCUCGACCAGUGCUGAGCCAGCGGUGAAGCCUGAGGUGGACCCCGUGGGAAAUGAAGCUAUUGCCCCAGAGUUCACCAACCGGAACCCCCGGAAUCUGGAGCUCUUAGCUGUAGCCAGAAAAGAGCGGGGUUGGGGGACCGUGUGGCCCUCCCGUGAGUUCUGGCACAGGUUGCGAGUUAUAAGGAGUCAGCAUCAUACAGAAGCACUUGUUGAGCAUCGCAGUGGCCAGGUUGUGGUUUCGGCAUCCACUCGUGAAUGGGCCAUUAAAAAGCACCUUUACAGCACCAAAAAUGUGGUGGCUUGUGAGAGUGUAGGACGAGUGCUGGCACAGCGGUGCUUGGAAGCAGGAAUCAACUUCAUGGUCUACCAACCCACUCCUUGGGAGGCAGCGUCAGACUCGAUGAAACGACUACAGAUUGCCAUGAUAGAGGGUGGUGUGGUGCUGCAGGAGCCUCGGAGAAUCUAUGAAUGA